ACGCGCGGCGGGCAGAGGGGCCCCCUCCCGUCGCCUCCCGGAGUGUCACCCGCGCCCACCCCGCGCUCUCUCUCCGCCUCCCGGGGUUCACCCGGACCAGGUGGCGGCGGGCGCCUUUUAGGGGUGCGCGGUCGUGCAAUUGGUGGAUUUUUUUAAACCGGUUUGGAGGGGGGGAGCGCGGCGUGGGGGGCGGCGAGAGCGCUCCCGGCUCCCGGCGGCUCCUCCUGCUCCGCUCCUCGCUCUCCUGCCGCUUCCCUCCUCGCCUCCCGCGCUCCUGUCCCUGGCUCCGCCGAGCGCACUCCCCCGACGCCGUAGCCGCGAGCCGGGCAGCGCCGGACGCCGAGAUGAAGGUGCUGGGACACAAGAUCGAGCUGCUGACAGGGCUCCUGCUCCACGACGUGACCAUGGCCGGCCUGCAGGAGCUGCGAUUCCCCGAGGAGAAGCCCCUGCUCCGGGGCCAGGACGCCGCGGAGCUGGAGAACUCUGACUCCUUCCUCUUGGCUGUGGACACAGACUGGAAGGAACAUGACAUCGAGACGCCUUAUGGCCUUCUGCACGUGGUGAUCCGGGGCUCCCCCAAGGGGAACCGCCCAGCUAUCCUUACCUACCAUGACGUGGGGCUCAACCACAAGCUGUGCUUCAAUACCUUCUUCAAUUUUGAGGACAUGCAGGAGAUCACCAAGCACUUCGUGGUGUGCCACGUGGAUGCCCCCGGUCAGCAGGUGGGGGCGUCACAGUUUCCUCAGGGGUACCAGUUCCCCUCCAUGGAGCAGCUGGCCGCCAUGCUCCCCAGUGUGGUACAGCACUUUGGGUUCAAGUACGUGAUUGGCAUCGGAGUGGGAGCCGGAGCAUAUGUGCUGGCCAAGUUUGCACUCAUCUUCCCCGACCUGGUGGAGGGGCUGGUGCUGAUGAACAUCGACCCCAACGGCAAAGGCUGGAUCGACUGGGCGGCCACCAAGCUCUCCGGCCUGACCAGCACUUUACCCGACACGGUGCUAUCCCACCUCUUCAGCCAGGAGGAGCUGGUGAGCAACACAGAGUUGGUGCAGAGCUACCGGCAGCAGAUCUCGAAUGUGGUGAACCAGGCCAACCUGCAGCUCUUCUGGAACAUGUACAACAGCCGCAGAGACCUAGAUAUUAACCGGCCUGGGACAGUGCCCAAUGCCAAGACUCUCCGCUGCCCCGUGAUGCUGGUGGUCGGGGAUAACGCACCUGCCGAGGAUGGCGUGGUCGAGUGCAACUCCAAACUGGAUCCAACCACCACGACCUUCCUGAAGAUGGCAGAUUCCGGGGGUCUCCCCCAGGUCACACAGCCUGGGAAGCUGACUGAAGCCUUCAAAUACUUCCUGCAAGGCAUGGGCUACAUGCCCUCGGCCAGCAUGACUCGUCUUGCCCGCUCUCGCACCGCGUCCCUCACCAGCGCCAGCUCGGUGGACGGUGGCCGCCCGCAGGCCUGCACCCACUCGGAGAGCAGCGAGGGGCUGGGCCAGGUCAACCACACCAUGGAGGUGUCCUGUUGAAGCCCCAGAUCUCGAGAAGACGCCCACUCGCCCCCCCACCCACAUCGACGUCCCAUGGCCACCCUUUCGCGGCUCAUUUCCCCUUUAGUUUAUUUUUGUGAGGGCAAAGGGGAGGAAAUGGGGUUACUUCUCUUUUGUUUAAAAAGAAGAGGGGAUCCGUCUAGAAGCUGCUGCGGAACAGUCUCCAGAUGGUUUGAGGGGCUCACUCCUCCCCACCUCAUUCCCCUCACGCACCUCGUUAACUUGGCUGACUCAGUCCCUCUCUUCCGACUCCCCAAGGCCCAGGCAUAGUAAGGGUACCAUUCCAGGGAGGGAAGGGGAUUAGCUCAGGAAAGACUCAGAGUCCUCCUCUGACCGUGAUCCAGGGUAACAUCCUGGGUCAAAGAAAGCAUGGGUUGACCCCCUGGGCCAGGCAGGUUUGAAGAUGGGGAGGAGGUUUUGAGGUGGUGGGUGCUGGGCCAGCAGGAACAUGGAGUCCAGCUCGUGAGCUGGCGUGAAAACCAGGAGCCAGUCCCUUUCCCCUGCAGCCCCAACACCAAGUCUGUUUCUGGUCUUAGCACCUAUGACAAUCGUCUGAACAGAAGCCACAAGGGGGCGCCACUCCCAGGCAGCAGUUUAGCGGGGGCUCUCCUGGCAGGCCUGGUGCUGUAGGGCCACGCAGGCAGGGACUGAAGAGGGCUGCUUCGCCUGAGGAAGACAGAACACGGAGGACCUGGAGGAACCCCACAGACUGUCCCUUCCAGCCCUACACUCGGCCACCUCCUGGCCCUGGCCUAUUGCUGAGCCAAGGCCCCGAGGCAGAACGUCACCUGGUCCUCUGCCUCCAUAGGGAGCUGACUGGGGCUGAGGUUAAAGGCUGGGAUAGCCUUUGAGUGUUGGGUGCACUUCUGAGAACUUCAUGGUGACUGCUUUUGGAAGCCUGCAGACAGUGGCGGCUCAGAGUUCCCAUAGAGUUCCCUCAGAGACCCCCCUUUGUGCCUCCAGGUUCCAUGGAAGACAGCUCAGUCAGCAGCAGCGUGGCCAAGGUCACUAGAAACGUUUCUAGAGAGAGUUCUCAUCAAGCUCUGCCAGCGUUUCACGCGGGCAUCACUGAGCACGCUUAUGUGGAGAAAACUGUCCAAGGUAGCCCCACAUCACCAUCCUAGCCAGGUGGAGGAGGCCUAGGCUGGGGCUUGCUGGGUCCAGGGGUGGGAGGUAAUGUUUCUGGAAGUGAACAAGGGCCAGGCAGAAGGGCAAGGCUCCCCACACAACCCAGCCCCUUCCUGUCACCUGAAGCCCAGCACUGUGCCAUAUACUUCCUAUCCACCACCUUACCAGGUAGAAUCUCCUGGCCCGGAAACCAGAAGCCAUUUGUCUCUGAGCCUAAAUCAAUUGCCAUAAGCCCCCAAAUGAGCAAAGAGAAGAGGAGAGGGCAAUGAAAAAUGCAGGACUGUGGAGGGGGGUGGGUGCGUGUGGGGCUGAGGGGACGCCUGCAUCCACAUUUCCUCUGCACACGUCACCCCCUUCUAUGCUCUUAAGCCAUCACUCAACACUGCUCUAGAGCCCACUGGAGUGUUAGUCUGCCCCCAGUUCUGUUCACUCGCGUGCUUCCUCUGAAUAUCAAAUGUGACUGUUUGAAAAGCUGGUAGAAUUAAUCCCUUACUGUAGAUAGCGCUGUGAAACUUGGAUUUCUUUUCUGUGUUCUUUCAGAUGAGAUAUCUAUAAAUACCUAUACAUUAUAUAUAUAUAUGUAUAUUGGGUACCCCCGCGUGUGGCUUUCCAUUGGAGGUUGUGUCUUCUUUGGUCAAAGUGAACUUUUAAUGGAAUUUAUUAUUUUCCUCUCUGUACAAAGUGAAGAGCCUACUCUUGUGUAUUUUGGUGGCUGAUGUCGUGAGACUUUGAGAUGACAAAAUGUAAAACAAAACCCCUUGUCAACAUAGAAAGAGUUAAGUGUGCUGAAAAACUAAUAAAGUAAUAAGAA